GAGGCGGCGAUCCUUGGCGAUCAGGAGCAGGGGACGCUCGGGGAUGCGUGGGUUGCGAUGAGCACCCAGCUGUCUCCCAUUCAGAUUCCUCCAGAUAUUGACUGGCCGUCGGUGUUACUGGUGGGGCUGGGCGCCUGUGGGACACGUCCAGUGCUCCCAGUGGCCGCCCCCUGCCCUGUAACUGGACAGAAGAGAGAGAAACCGGGAGCGGAAGGGGAUCGGGAGGGAAGGAGACGGAGAGACACCGGCCGCCCCGCGUCACCGCGCCGGCCCGCCCACUUCCGGUCGCGGCUCCGGCCACGGUGGUUCCCCCCGCGGCAGAAGGAAAAGCGGGUCAGGCGGCAGCGGGUUUGCGGUCGUGUAGUGCCGCCCGCGCCGCCCUCGACCGGGUCCCCGCACGGCCGCCGUCUCCUCCCCGGUGAGUCCCGACCCGGGUCCCCGCACGGCGCCGUCUCCUCCCCGGUGAGUCCCGACCCGGGUCCCCGCACGGCCGCCGUCUCCUCCCCGGUGAGUCCCGACCUGGGCUCCGCACCCGGUGCCCGAGCCGCUGCUGCUGCUCCCCGGGCCGGAGGCCGUGCGACCGGGGGUCCCGCAGCCCCGACUCCGGGAGAGACCGGGGGUCCCGCGGCCCCGACUCCGGGAGAGACCGGGGGUCCCGCAGCCCCGACUCCGGGAGAGACCGGGGGUCCCGCGGCCCCGACUCCGGGAGAGACCGGGGGUCCCGCGGCCCCGACUCCGGGGAGAGACCGGGGGUCCCGCGGCCCCGAGUCCGGGAGAGACCGGGGGUCCCGCGGCCCCGACUCCGGGAGAGACCGGGGGUCCCGCGGCCCCGACUCCGGGAGAGACCGGGGGUCCCGCGGCCCCGACUCCGGGGAGAGACCGGGGGUCCCGCGGCCCCGACUCCGGGAGAGACCGGGGGUCCCGCGGCCCCGACUCUGCAGACACUGUGCAGCUCUCAGCUGGGCCUCACGGGGAGUGAUGAAGGUUCGCAGAGACCGUCAGACGAGCGCGCUGGAUAGAUUUCACCUGGGGGAGAAGCCCUGCUGACCAGAGGGGAAGGAGGGAAAACACCUCGGAGACGCGGGACGGACAGACGGGAGACAGUGGAGGAAGAGGAGCGGCGUCUCCACAAAGGACAUCACAGUGCCUGCUGUAUCCUGCAUCUCUGAAAUCUUUAGUAGCAGAGCAGAGGUGGUGAAGCUGCCCUGUUCGUUGGGGGGAGUGGCGGUGGGGGCCCUGUCAGCAGUCUUGCAGUGGCCUGGGCUUUCCAUGGGGCAACCUUGGUCUCAGCAGCCCGCAAACUCUUCCCCCGGCAGCCAGAAACCUCAGAUGAACCCUGUGGGUUCCUGGGACACUUGACUAUAGCUCUCUUGGUCCCUCAUAUGCUCCUGAAUCUUUAAAUCUUCCCCCUCAGAAAAGCUCUAAGAUGCGUCUCUCGGCUGCACUCAAAACCCCGGCGCCAGCUGCCGUGCCGGGUGGUCAGAGAGCCGGUGCCCAUCCCGCAGGGCCCGGGACACAGGUCGGGUUUUAUUCUGGGACCCGUUUCCAGCCUGUCCUUCCCGCUCUGGGGCUGAAAGUUAAAAUCAUUAGUGACUGGCAGUGUUCACGGCAGACUUUUUGUCCAAGAACUCAGGGAACAGCAGGGCUGGGCUCUCCCUCACUUUUAUGUACUCUCUGCUUCCUGCUGUGUCACUCAGCCCCCGUCCCCUCCUGCCGCUCUCAGCCGUCUGGAUGGCGGACGAGGCUGGAGUGAAGCUGCAGGGGACAGAGGACGCCCUGCAGACACUCGCAGUUCCUGCUGGAAAGACAAAGACAAAGAGAGGUUUAAUGGUUUGUAAGUUUCUCCUGUGGGUUAAGCAACAGGUUUCUAGGGAUCUCCUUUCCUCAGUCUUUAUUGAACAAGUGUUAAUGAAAAUAAAACACGUUGACAAAAGUAAA